AUGGUAGCCUGGUCUGAAAGCAAUGGGUUCACAUUUUCUCUUGAAAAAACUGUAUGUAUGCAUUUUUGUAGAAGGCCACUACAUCCAGAUCCUGAAUUAACACUGAAAGGUAAUCCUCUGACUAUAUGCGACCAACAUACAUUCCUAGGUGUUAUAUUCGACAAACGUUUGACUUUCCUCCCCCAUAUAAUGGAUUUACGGAACAGAUGUCUGCGAUCGAUGAAUAUCCUUCGUGUUUUGUCAAAUACUGCUUGGGGUGCUGAUCGCACUAGUUUGUUGAAAGUAUAUCGAAGCGUUAUUCGCUCCAAAUUGGAUUACGGCUGUUGUGUUUAUGGUUCGGCUCGAAAUUCUUAUUUAUCUCGGCUUAAUUACGUUCAUCAUCAAGCUCUGCGUGUAUGCUGCGGUGCAUUUAGAACAUCCCCGAUUAGCAGUCUAUAUGUUGAAACAUGUGAACCUUCGUUGUCUUUUAGACGAAACAUGUUGUCCGCCUGCUACUAUUUCCGUGUUUUAUCUAACCGAUCUCAUCCUUUAAGGAGAACGUUUUUAAAUUGUUAUCAAUCUCCACUAUUCAACGUCCGUAGAUCCUGUAUACCCCCUCUGGGAUCACGUAUUUUGAAGUUCUUACCAGAAAGUUACCAUAAUAUUGAAAUUCAUGACGAAAGUCCUUUUAGUGUACCACCUUGGUGUCAAUUUGAUGUUGUUUUGCUUCAUCCAUUUCGAAAAUUUCUUAAGUCCAAUACUCCUGAUUUCAUUUUUAGAGCACUUUUUUCUGCUCACAGACAUAUGUAUAGUGAUUACAUUCCUGUAUACACGGAUGGUUCCAAAGCCGAAUCUCAUGUUGGUUAUGCUUUUGCUUGUGAGAGUGUAGUUGUAGGUCAGAAAUUGCACGAUUUUACUUCAGUUUUUACCUCGGAGGUCACAGCUAUAUAUCGUGCCAUACAAUAUAUUGCUAAGAAUAAGUUUAGAAAGGUGAUCAUUUAUUCCGAUUCUUGGAGUGCCCUUCAAGCCCUUAUUGAAAAGACGCACAAUCAUGCAUAUAUUUCUGAUAUCAGGAUUUUGCUAAAGGAAUUAUGUCAAAAUGGUUUUGAAAUUCUUUUCUGUUGGAUUCCUUCCCAUGUAGGUAUCCAAGGGAAUGAAAUAGUAGAUAUUGCUGCAAAAUCAGCAAACGAAUCAUACAAACAAGCCAUUCCUUAUGCUGACGUACGUUCUUCCGUUCGUAAAUGGUUAUUCCAAAAUUGGCAAAACCAGUGGAAUCUCGAGACAGAAAACAAACUACACACAGUCAAACCUUUUAUUGAUCUUUGGUGUUCCUCCCUAAAUCGUCGAUGCGAUGUUAUUCUUACAAGAUUACGCAUUGGACACUCUCGCAUAACUCAUAAAUAUAUACUUUUGAAGCAACCACCAUCAACUUGUAGUCGUUGUGGUGAUAGUUUAACUAUCCGACAUAUAUUGAUUGAAUGUCAGACACUGGACUCAUUGCGUCUUAAGUAUUUUAAUACAGUUGUUCCUUGUCUUCCCCUUUUAAUUGGACUCGUUCGAAAGAUGCGCGCGCCUCUUCUGUUCUCUCACCUCUCCUCAUCGCAUUCUCGCUCCGAACAGAUAGAUGCAUCUCUGACCAUCAGAGACAAGCAGCGCUCCUCUUUGGCUCUCGUAGUGCUCAAAUCCAAACUUUGCACGUGUGUUCCAAAACGGACCAUGCACACUGGGAUCUAG